CUCUGUUAAUAUAUAUAAUCUGCUAUUUUAUACUCUAUGAAAGCUUGAUAUCUUCUUAAUAGAUUUUCAUCAACCCAUUUUGUGUCUUCUGAUCUCAGAAGAACAAGAAGAAGAUGUCUUUGCUUCUUGAAAUCUUGAAAUGCAUUCUAUGUUGUGAGGAUGAGGAGUUUGAUGAUGACAAUGAAAGUUCCCAGGUAAUUUCUUUCGGGAUAUCCCAUGUUUACAACACUUUUUCUACCUGGACCUCGUCCCCUAGAGUACAAUUGGAUAGAACAACAUCCAGGAACCAGCGGAACACUGUAAAUUCAUCUCUCAUUAACUCAACUAGGAAAGAGUCUUUGCCUCGGUCAUAUUUACCUACUCAUUCCAGGGUAGUGUUAGAUUCACAGACUAGUAAUCCUUCUUCAACCAGAUUAACAAAGGGUAAGGAAGUAGAAAGAAUUUAUCCAGGGCUUUUGAAUUCUAGGAGUUCCAGUACAACAUUCAAUCUUCCACCCCCACCUUCACAAACAUCAGUUCAGUCUUUAUCUAGGCUGACUCCACCGCCAUCAUCUCUUAAACCCUCAACAUCUGCAUCAAAACCUUCUUCAUCUUCCUCUAUAACCCUGACAUUCCCUUCGCCUGGAAAAAGUUCUUCCACAAAACAGCAUUUGUCUUCUCUUAAUCCAUCAUCAACAUCUUCUAAACCAUCUGUCGCUUAUACUACCCAAUCAUCUUUCGCUAAACCACCUUCAUCCUCUGUGCCAACUUCAUCUGCUUCUAGCCUUUUUCCAUCCUCUAAGCUAACUCUAGUCCCUUCCUCUGCUGCUGUCCCACGUUUGUCUUCUCCUAAUCCCUCAUCAACUUCUUCCAGACCGUCUGCAGCUUCUGUUAAUCCUCAAUCAUCUUACCCUAAAUCAUCUUCAUCUUCUCCAAGCCUUCUUCCAUCCUUUAAGCCAACUCCUGUCCCUUCCUCUGCUGCAGUCCCUAAUCCCCAAUCAUCUUACCCUAAACCACCUUCAUCCUCUGGGCCAUCUUCAUCUUCUCCAAGCCUUCUUCCAUCCUUUAGGCCAACUCCUGUCCCUUCCUCUGCUGCUGUCCCUAACUAUCCCGAUAAGGAAAAGAAAGGAAAAUACAUCCAGGUUGAAAAUGAUCCAUUGCAUUUUUACAUGAUUCCGGAUAAUAUUGAGAACUUGAUCGAGAGAGGCAUAGUGCCUGAACUUCUGAAGAAGCCAUUGUCUCCUUCAACUUACAAGGAUUACUUUGCAACUUUGCUAUAUGCUGAGGACUUCUAUAUCAAGAAAUGGAGCAAUUUUGAACUGUUGAAUGUGACUUUGGAGUUGCAUGAAGCAACCAAGGGGGAAGACAGAAUUACAUCUUACAAUAAUGGUGAUGAGAAAGAUGACAAAAUCUAUGUUGCAUUGGAUGUAGGCUCCACUUUUCGGGCGCGGCCGUUUCUUCUGUCAAAGGACACUGUAUUUGCACAGCCCUCGCGUAGAAAAGUGGCGCCAUUUCAGGGCGUUAUCCAUCGAGUGGUGAAGAGCUCAACUGUGUUGGUGGAAUUUGGAGAAGAUUUUCAUUCUCAGCAUCAUAAAAGCAGGAAAUAUGAUAUUACUUUCUCAUUCAACAGAGUUUACCUGGAGAGGGCUCUUCAAGCAAUCGCAGCAGCCUCUGAUCCUUCAUUCCAAAAGUUCCUUUUUCCUAAAAGUGCCUCCCGAUUCCCAACCUCUAUAUCGUUCCUUCCCUAUAGUCAUAAACUUGAUCUGGAUCAAAAUUCUGUAGUUCAUCAGAUGUUAAACUUUCGAGGCUCACCACCUUUUCUUGUAGAGGGCCAAUUCUGUGCAACUUACUCAAAGCAACUGUCAAGAACUGGACUGGUUAUUGUGGAAGCCAUUCGCCAAAUUUAUCGACACUGUCCAGAGUCUCGGAUCCUUGUUUGUGCGCCUAUAAACAGCACUUGUGAUGUGCUAAUAAGAGGCUUGAAGAGGGAUAUACCAGAGUCCGACAUGUUCCAAGCCAGUGUUGCACUUAGAGAGAUUGAGACGCUAUCUAUGGACAACCUCAAGCAAUUCCGAGUGGUACUGUCAACAUAUGUGGAUGGCUAUUGCCUCUAUGACAAGGGCAUCUCUGCUGGGCAUUUCAACUAUAUUUUCUUGGUGGAUGCUUCCUCUGCUACUGAGCCAGAGACAAUGGUGGCUUUGGCUAACUUGGCUGAUGAGGAAACAGCAGUUAUAGCUACUGGUACACGCAAGGUCCACUCAAGCUGGUUCCGGCUAGAUAUUUGUCGGCAAAAUGGAUUGAGUAUGUCGUACUUUCAAAGACUUUGUCAGAGUGAUCCAUAUAGGACCAACGAUCCAAGGUUCAUAUCUCAUCUUUUUGCACGUGAUUCGUGAAUAAAAUGAGAUUUAAGAUAAGUUUGAGAUUGCUAUCAACUGUUGUGACUAUUCAUGUAUAUUGUUGUCUUUAAAAGCUAUUAGUGCUUGGUAAUUACUUCUCAAAAAAGUUAUAACAGAUUU